AUGGCCAGCGAUACUACGCAUGUAGUAGCGCCCAAGGCAGCGCACACAUAUACGGUUAUUCUUUUACAUGGCCGUGAUAGCACAUCACGAGAAUUUGCGGACGAGUUCUUUGAGAGUGAGGCGUCAGGGCCACUUGACCAGCCACGAACACUUCUAGACCUUUUCCCAAACAUCAGAUGGGUGUUUCCCAGUGCCUCGAUUACGAAGUCAAAACGCUUUGAUGUCUUUAUGUCUCAAUGGUUUGACAUAUGGUCAGUCGAAAACCCAGCGGAACAACCAGAAUUACAACAACCCGGAUUACAUCAGAGUACACAAAGAAUUCUCGAUAUCAUCAAGAAUGAAGAGACUUUGGUCCCACGAGAGAAUAUAUUUCUUGGUGGAAUAAGCCAAGGAUGCGCAACUGCGAUAACUGCCUAUUUUGCGGAUACUACGAGAUUGGCUGGGUUCAUAGGACUAUGCGGCUGGAUGCCCGUCACAUCACACACACAGACGCACCAAGAGGUUACGGAAUCGAACCACACUACACCUAUAUUUCUGGGUCAUUCGGCAGACGACGACGUCGUUCCAAUAGAUAAUGGCAGAGAGUUGAGAGAUAUCCUUCAAUCACGGCAGCUUGAAGUAGAAUGGAAGGAAUAUGUGGACGGUGGCCAUUGGAUUAAUGAACCUCAGGGCGUUGACGAUAUUGCUGGGUUUCUGUACAGAUAUGCUACUUGUAACAACUCGGAACUAUAAAAUCUAGCGACGCGGGCAGCUGCUCUGGUGCAGGCUUGUUUCUAGUGUCAGGGAAUGGAGAUUCUCAGGGUGCAUUGGGAUUUGCAUAUACCUGAGGACCAGUGCCAGCAAAGUCAAACACAGCCGAUCCCGUCUCUCCAUCUAUUGAGAUAGAAAGCGCCAUGUGAGUACCGUCAUCCAUGUAAUCGACCGCUCUUAAAGCUGCGCUAGACCUGUGCUUCUGCUUUAGGAGGGCACGCACAGUGUCACGGAACCAAGGAAGCCUAAUU